GGAUGGGAGGUGGGUCCUCAUGCGAGCUGAACUGUGCUGCUGUUAUACUGAAGGCCUAGUAGUGUUAUUACUUCUCCCAAGAGGAUCAGCAGUGGCUCCAGAUUAACCUAUUUUCCAAGUCACCCUCAGAUGAUAUAGGACUGUCUGCGUCUGUACUUCCACAAUGGUUGUACCUAAAUCCGAGGACAAAAUGUACUACCCUCCUCCUGACCUGCAGAGGGAUGCUCAUGUUCCUAAUUUAAACUGGUAUCUGGAACUGUACAGGAAGUCUCUUGAGAAUCCAGAAGCUUUCUGGAAAGAGGUUGCUGAUGAAUUCUUUUGGAAGAAGCCGGCAACUGGGCCAAUGCUGCAAUACAAUUUUGACAUCACCAAAGGCAAUAUAUAUGUCAAAUGCAUGGAAGGUGCUAAAACCAACAUUUGCUACAAUGUCCUGGACCGACACGUCAAGGAGAGGAACCUCGGUGCGAAGGUUGCCUAUUACUGGGAAGGAAACUCGGCCAACGAUCACAUGACCAUCACCUACUCUCAGCUGCUGAGCCAAGUCUGUCGCUGUGCUAACGUCCUGAAGCAGAUGGGUGUGAAGAAGGGAGACAGGGUGUCCAUCUAUCUACCCAUGAUCCCGGAGCUGGUCUAUACAAUGCUGGCCUGUGCCAGGAUCGGUGCAGUGCACUCUAUUGUGUUUGCAGGUUUCUCGGCUGAGUCUUUGUCUGAGAGGAUUAGAGACGCCCAGAGCAGUGUCCUGGUGACAGCAGAUGGUGUUUACAGAGGAGAAAAGCUGAUCAACCUGAAAGAGAUUGUGGACGAGGCUCUGGAGAAGUGCAGGGAAAAAGCAUCGUCCACAGUGACCAAGUGCCUUGUCAUCAAACACAUUGGAUUAAAGACAAACAGUGACGCUGCAUGCAUCAAAUUACAGACCCCCUGGGACUCGCAGCGAGAUAUGUGGUGGGAUGAGGCGAUGAGAGGAUCUGCCGAGGAGUGUGAACCAGAGUGGCUGGAUGCUGAGGACCCACUGUUUAUCCUUUACACCAGCGGCUCCACUGGCAAACCCAAAGGUGUUCUCCACACAGUUGCUGGUUACCUGCUCUAUACCUCGCUGACCUUCAAGUACGUUUUUGACCACCAGUACGAUGACGUGUACUGGUGCACGGCAGAUAUCGGCUGGAUCACCGGCCACUCUUACAUCACCUACGGCCCACUUGCAAACGGUGCCACGGGCGUUCUAUUUGAAGGUGUUCCUGUGUACCCUCAUGUCGGCCGGUUCUGGGAAAUUAUUGAGAAGUACAAAGUGACCAAAUUUUACACAGCUCCCACCGCCAUCCGUCUGCUGAUGAAACACGGACGGGAACCACUGGAGAACUACGACCUCUCCAGCCUGAGGAUCAUGGGUAGUGUGGGUGAGCCGAUCAACCCCGAGGCCUGGCAGUGGUACCAUGAGGUGGUCGGUCAGAGACAAUGUCCAAUUGUUGACACUUUCUGGCAAACAGAGACGGGAGGUCACGUCUUGACUCCUCUUCCUGCUGCCACGCCGCUCAAACCUGGAUCAGCUACCUUUCCUUUCUUUGGGGUUGAGCCAGCAAUCCUCAGUGAACACGGCGAGGAGCUGGAGGGUGAGGCCGAGGGUUAUCUGGUAUUCAAGAGGCCCUGGCCUGGAAUAAUGCGCACUUUGUACAAAAACCACGAGUGCUUUGAAAACAUCUACUUCAAAAAGUUUCCAGGCUUUUACGUCACUGGUGACGGCUGCAGGCGGGAUAAAGACGGCUACUACUGGAUCACAGGGAGGAUAGACGACAUGCUGAAUGUGUCAGGACACCUGCUGAGCACAGCAGAGGUGGAGGCUGCCCUGACAGAAUACCCCGGUGUGGUGGAGGCCGCGGUGGUGACCCGGCCACACAAGGUGAAGGGCGAGUGUCUGUACUGCUUCAUCAGCCUCAAAGACAGCAUGGAGUUUAAUAACUCGGUGGUGGAGGAGUUGAAGAAGCUUGUGAGGGAGAAAAUUGGUCCAAUCGCUACACCAGACUUCAUUCAGAACGCCCCUGCACUCCCUAAAACACGCUCAGGGAAGAUCAUGAGGCGUAUCUUGCGUCAGAUUGCACGCAACGACAAAGACCUGGGAGACCUUUCGACCCUGGCCGACCCCAAAGUGGUGGAGGUGCUCUUCAGCCAGAGAUGUGAAGCUGCGGCCUGAACACAUCACCCCCUCUACGUCCUUCGCUCUCUGUUUAUUUAUCAAAACUUUACAUGACGAGGGUACAGAUGAAGACAAUCACUGAGUGUCUUUGAGCACUGUUUUGGGACUAAACAAGGGACAGGGAUCAGAAGAUGACAGGAAUGACAGCAUCGUGUUUAUAAAUGUUAGUCUUUUUUGAUGCAGGGAUGCUACUGUUUGUGUUUGGGGCCAAACUAUAAAACACUGAAUUUAUAUUUUGUAAUUAUUUUGGAUUUACAGUAUGUAUCACAAUACUGAAGAGUAAAGCACAAUUUACUCCUGUUCUUGAACUUUAAAUAAUUACGUUUGCUUUGCACAUCCUUGAUUUAUUACUGAUAUGUAGUGUUAAAUACUCCCACGUUCUAAAAAAUAAACUUUAAGGAGAGUUGUUGAAACGUGAUUGGCCUUUUGAUUAUGAUACACACAACUCCACUGAAGGUAGAGUAGAUGUGGCUGUAGUUCCCUGGU